AUGGCGGAAACUCAAACCCAAACAGAGACCUUCCACCUCAUCAACAAUCCCGCAGACUCCAUCAACGAAGCUUCAAUCGGCAUCACAGAACAUAAUGCGAAUCUCUCCUACGCCCCGUCUCACAAAAUCCUCUACCGAAGUGAUCUCGAGACAUACCGAAAAGAUCAUGUUACGACUAUUGGCUUUGCAGGAGCCGGACAUGAGCCCAUGUUCUCUGGUUUCGUAGGCCCUUCUUUCCUCUCCUGCUCCGUCUCAGGAAAUAUCUUCGCCUCACCCACCGCGGCCCAGAUCUUCGAAGCCAUCAAGCUCUGCCAGCCCCUUAACCCAGAAGAUGCCAAAGGGACGUUAGUCGUCUGUGGAAACUACACUGGUGAUAUUUUAAACGCCGGCUUGGCCAUCACUCGCGCCACGGCUGCGGGCUAUAAAGUCAAAUUUGUCCCAAUUGGCGACGAUGUCGCCGUGGGCAGGAAGAAGGGCGGGAAAGUGGGAAGGCGAGGACUGAGUGGCCAUGUGAUUGCUUUAAAGAUUGCGAGUGCGUUAGCCGAUCAGGGGGAGAGCCUGGAGAGGGUGACGGAGGUAAUUGAGUAUGUUGCUGCAAAUGUGGGGACUAUCGCUGUAGCUUUCGACCGAGUAGCACUACCCAACGAUAUCGUCACUAAACUUGAGAGCAUCCCUCCUGCGACGAUAGAGCUGGGGUUGGGAUGCCAUGGCGAACCUGGUCUCCGGAAAAUAUCGCCGAUUCCAGCGCCAGAGGAUCUCACGAAAGAGAUGAUUAAUCUAGUGACUGAUACCUCUGACGCUGACAGAGCAUUUAUUCCAUUCUCAAAAACGGAGCCGAAUGAAGUCGUUCUAUUGGUGAACAGCUCUGGGAGUACCUCAGAUGAAGUACUUGCUGCGUUUGCCGAGUUGGCGAUUGCUGAGUUGAAGAGUCAGGGAAUUGAGGUUACAAGGCUAGUUUUGGGACCUAUGGUUACGAGCUUGAAACAGAGUGGUUUUAGCUUUACGGCCUGGAGGUUGCCUGGAGCUGGGGAGAAGGGUGCCCUGAGCAGGAGUGAAGCGCUCGAAUAUUGGGAUAGGAAAGUUGAAACGGUGGCCUGGAGGCAGUGA